AUGACACAUUUACACAAGAUUGUUUUCAUUCUUGCUAUCUUGUUCAUUGCCGUUGAUGCCAAACAUAGACAUAAAAAAAACUUAAAAUUUCGUCAUGAGAUUCCCAGGAAUCCCUUAUUCCCACACUUUCCACCGUUUGAUCUACCCGGAGAGAAUAAUGAUCUACCCGGAGAUAUAGAUAAUAAUUUUAAUGAUAAUGGUAAUAAUAAUGAUAAUAACAACAACAUCGACGAUGAGAAUCCCAUUUUUAAGGUUCCUAAACUCGGGGAAGGGAUGGAGAAAAAAGAUGAUUUUGAAAUAGCUUCUAUUGGUAGUUGGGAACUGAUUUCACAGAAUUCUGGAGUUUCAGCAAUGCAUGUUAAUUUGUUGCCUUCAAAUAAGAUUCUUGUAUUUGAUGCUAAAAUUUAUCGUAUGUCAAGAAUCAACUUACCAGAAGGGGUUCCAUGUCUUCCAUACAAAGAUGCUAACAAUGUAGAUAGACUUGAUUGUUUUGCUCAUGCAGUUGAAUAUGAUAUUGAAACAAAUCAAGUUAGACCUCUCAAGAUAAAUGGGGGAGAUCCUUGGUGUUCAUCUGGAGGACUUUCACCAGACGGUACACUCGUGAGUACUGGUGGCUUUGCCGACGGUGCAAGAACCAUUAGACACUUUGGUGGCGGUUGUAUAGAUUGUGAAUGGAGGGAAUAUGAUCAGACAUUGACUGAAGAUAGAUGGUAUGCAACUCAACAAAUCCUUCCAAACGGAGAAUUCAUAUUGGUGGGAGGAAGAAGAUCAUUUAGCUAUGAAUACAUCCCACAAGCAGAAGGACAAAGAAGUGAAAAAGCAUACCUUUUCCCAUUUCUAUAUGAAACAUCUGACAUAGAUGAAAACAACUUAUACCCUUUUGUCCAUCUUUCCACAGAUGGAAACAUCUUCAUCUUUUCUAACAAUCGUUCCCUUCUUUUGAACCCGACAAACCACAAAAUAGUCCGUACCUUCCCCGUUUUACCAGGCGGCUCACGUAACUACCCCGCUUCCGGCCAGUCGGCUCUCCUCCCAAUAGACCUAAACGCCGAAACCCCUAAGGCGGAAGUCAUUGUCUGUGGUGGAAAUGUUCCCGGAGCUUUCCAGUUAGCCGAAACAAAGAAAGCAUUCCUUCCAGCUCUUCAAGAUUGCAAUAGGUUAACAAUCACAGAACCUUUUCCUGAAUGGGAUUCUGAAAUGAUGCCAUCUAGAAGAACAAUGGGAGAUGCUAUAAUCCUCCCUAAUGGACAAAUACUGUUCAUCAAUGGUGCACAAUUAGGUACAUCUGCAUGGUGGGAUGCAGAAGAACCAAACUUCAUACCUGCAUUGUAUAAUCCAGAGAAACCUAAAGGUAUGAGGUUCAAGGAAAUGCAGGCUAGUCAAAUUGCUAGAAUGUAUCAUUCAACUUCAGUUUUGCUACCAAGUGGAAAAGUUUGGAUUAGUGGAAGUAACACACAUGAUACUUAUAGAGAUAAAGAUAAAUAUCCAACUGAGACUAGAGUUGAAGCAUUUUCUCCACCUUAUUUGGAUGCAGCAUUUCACAAAUACAGGCCACAAAUUAAUGAAGAAGCAUCUGAAAAAGAGUUAACUUACGGAUAUUUAUUCGAAACAGAAUUUUCGGUAGAAGAUGGUGCUGGUUUAACAGUAAAUGACAUAAAGGUUACAAUGUAUGCACCACCUUUUACUACUCAUGGUUUCUCCAUGGGUCAGAGACUUGUGAUUCUCAAGAUUGACGAGCUUACUGAACAAAUGCAAGGAAAUUACAGGGUUAGGAUGGCGGCGCCGCCAUCCGGGGAUAUUGCUCCUCCUGGCUACUACUUGCUCUAUGUUGUUCACCGUGGCAUACCAAGCAAUGCAAUUUGGGUGUGGAUUCAUUAG